AGAAGAAGAAAAAAAAGAGGGGGAAAGAAAGGAAGAAGAAAAUAGUAGCACACAGUGAAUGAUUCUUUGUGUAAGUGUGUUCAGAACACAACUCGAACACGAAUAAGAAUAAGAAGAAAGAAGAGAGAAGAAAGAAUUGAAGAGUGUGAAAAACAAUUCUAAUUGUAAUGGCGGAGAGUGGGGGUCGUAGUGUUAGUGCCAGUGUGUGGGAGGGUGUAUUGGAGCUUACCAAGUGGGCGCAGCAUCACAACACGGACCCACUAUUAUGGUCCAUCCAGCUCACCUCCGCCCUCAACGCCGCCUCCGUCCGCCUCCCCUCGCCGGAGCUAGCCUACCGUCUCGUCUCCCACAUCUGCUGGGAAAAUCACGUGCCUAUCACGUGGAAGCUUCUAGAAAAAUCUAUUUCCGUUAACAUCGCUCCUCCGCUACUCGUCCUCUCUCUCCUCUCCUCCGCCGUCAUCCCCUGUCGCCGCCUCCACCCCUCCGCCUUCCGCCUCUACCUCGACCUCCUCAACCGCCACGCCUUCUCUUCUCUCUCCUCCACAAUAACUUCCCCUAACUACCGUACCGUUAUGGAUUCCGUUGACGCUGCACUUCAGUUGUCGAAGGUGUACGGUACUUGCAGCGAAUCUGAGGAUGGCGGCGCUGGCGGUGUUGUUAUUGUUAGGUUCGUUUUUACGGUUGUGUGGCAGUUGGUGGAGGCGUCGUUGGAAGAUGAAGGGUUGCUUGAGCACAAGCCUAGGUGGUGGAUGAAUAAUAAUGGAGGUUUGGGUGGUGACGGUGGUGGUGAUGGCGGGAGCUACUUUUCCGAGCAGAAAGAGGGUUUGCAGCGGGCGAAUACGGCAAUGGCUAUUGAGACAAUUGCGAGGUUCAUGAGUGACAAAGUAACUUCGAGAAUACUUUCGCUGGUUCAUCGAAACAUGCCAAAUCAUUGGGUGGCUUUUGUUCAACAACUACAGAGGCUUGCGGCAAAUUCAUUAGUUUUGAGGAACAUGAAGCAUGUUACUCCUGACUCCCUUUUACCUUUUGAUUUGAAAUCUAAUAAAGGGUUUAAACUAUUGUCUCCUGAAUGCAAAACAACACGUAAAUUGGAACUUAAUGCAGUCAUGGCAGCUGCUGCUGGAUCUGUUCAAUCCUGUAAUGACACUUGGUCUUUGCUUUGGCUUCCUAUUGAUCUUGUUCUUGAAGAUGCAAUGGAUGGAGAUAAUGUGGCAGAGACUAGUGUUGUUCAAGUUCUUUCUGGUCUGGUGAAGGCUUUAAAAGCAGUUAAUGGCUCUUCAUGGCACAAGGCUUUUUUAGGAUUAUGGAUUGCAGCACUACGACUUGUUCAAAGAGAGCGGGAUCCAAGUGAGGGUCCAGUACCCCGCCUUGAUACUUGCUUGUGUAUGCUAUUAUGCAUUACAACCCUUGUGGUUGCUAAUAUCAUCGAAGAAGAGGAAGGUGAACUGAUGGAAGAAGCUGUACGUAGCCCUACCUCGGUAGCCAAUCAGGCUGCUGCCAAAGCUGCUAUGUUUGUAUCAGGGCAUGCUGUUGGUAAUGGAUACUUGGAAUCCAUGAACGUGAAUGAGUUGCCUACAAACUACUCUGGUAACUUGUGGCAUCUGAUUGUCGAGGCCUGUAUUGCAAGAAAACUGAUUGAUACUACAGCUUAUUUUUGGCCUGGUUAUGUGAGUGCGGCUUACAAUCAACUGCCUCACAGCAUUCCUAACCAUUUACCUAGCUGGUCAUCAUUGGUGAAGGGAUCACCACUAACUCCUCAGUUGGUUAAUGUCCUAGUGGCAACUCCUGCUUCCAGCUUAGCGGAGAUUGAGAAAAUAUUUGAGCUUGCAAGAAAUGGCUCGGAUGAAGAGAAGUUAUCUGCUGUUACUGUUCUUUGUGGGGCAUCGCUAGUACGUGGUUGGAAUGUGCAGGAGCACAUCAUAUUUUUCAUCAUAAACUUGCUGUCACUUGCAGUUCCUCCCAACUACUCUGGAAGUGAAAGCCAUUUGAUCAGCCAUGCACCAUUUUUGAAUGUCCUCCUGGUAGGAACUUCAUCCGUAGACAGUGUUCAGAUGUUCUCCCUCCAUGGUGCGGUUCCUCUACUUGCAGCUGCACUAAUGCCAAUAUGUGAGGUUUUUGGCUCAUGUGUUCCUAAUGUGUCAUGGAGUUCUGCAAGUGGAGAAAAGAACUCUUGUCAUGCAGUGUUCUCUAAUGCAUUUAUUCUACUACUAAGGUUGUGGAGGUUCAAUCAUCCACCUAUUGAACAUGUAAUGGCGGGUGCAGCAUCUCCAGCAUUUGGAUCGAAGUUAGGUCCUGAGUCAUUUUCAAAAAUGAUUAGUCUUCCUCUAGAGCCCAUAGUUAUGGAUUCGUUUCCAAAAUUAAAAACUUGGUAUCGACAACAUCAAGAAUGUAUCGCAUCAACCCGAUCUGCUCUUGCUCCUGGAGGGCCUGUUUAUCAGAUUGCUGAUUCACUACUAAGCAUAAUGUUCAGGAAAAUAAAUAGAAGUGGUCAGUCGUUGACUCCUUCAACUUCUGGAAGCAGUAAUUCAUCUAGUUCUUCACUGGAUGAUGCUUUGAUGAAACUCAAGGUGCCAGCAUGGGAUAUUCUUGAAGCAGUUCCGUUCGUUCUUGAUGCUGCUCUUACAGCUUGUGCUCAUGGAAGAGUUUCUCCCCGUGAAUUGGCUACAGGUCUCAAAGAUCUUGCUGAUUUUCUUCCGGCAACUUUGGCUACAACUGUAAGCUACUUAUCAGCUGAAGUUACACGUGGCCUAUGGAAGCCGGCUUUUAUGAAUGGAACUGAUUGGCCUAGCCCUGCAGCAAAUUUAUCAACCGUGGACCAACAGAUCAAGAAAAUUUUAGCGGCCACAGGUGUUGAUGUCCCAAGCCUUGCUAUAGAUGGCAGUGUUCCAGCUACACUUCCUUUGCCCUUGGCAGCUUUUCUAAGCCUUACCAUAACAUAUAAACUGGACAAAAAUACUGAGCGCAUCCUUGUGUUGAUUGGCCCGUCGUUGAUUGCCCUUUCUGCUGGUUGCCCCUGGCCAUGCAUGCCCAUUGUAGGUUCUUUGUGGGCUCAGAAGGUAAAGCGAUGGAGUGACUUUUUUGUUUUCUCUGCUUCUAGAACCGUCUUCCACCACAGUAGGGAUGCUGUAGUUCAGCUCCUAAAGAGUUGCUUUGCAUCCACCCUAGGGCUUGAUUCUGCCUGUCUUUAUAAGAAUGGUGGUGUUGGUGCCCUCCUUGGUCAUGGCUUUGGUUCUCACAUUUAUGGCGGGAUGUCCCCAGUUGCCCCUGGGAUUCUCUACUUAAGAGUUCACAGGUCUAUUAGAGACGUCAUAUUCUUGACAGAAGAGAUUUUAUCUCUUCUAAUGCUUUCGGUGAGAGAGAUAGUAACCGGCGAGUUGCUGAAGGGUAAACAGGAGAAGAUAAAGAAGACCAAGCAUGGAAUGAGAUAUGGACAUGUUUCUCUUGCUGCAUCAAUGACACGUGUCAAGCACGCCGCACUUCUGGGGGCUUCCUUUCUUUGGAUAUCUGGUGGUUCAGGUUUGGUUCAAUCUUUGUUAACCGAAACUUUCCCUUCCUGGUUUUUAUCAACUCUAGAUUUUGAGCAGGAAGUUGGAGAGUCUGGAGUAAAGGUUGCCAUGCUGAGAGGCUAUGCACUGGCGUGUUUUGCUGUGCUAAGUGGGAUGUUUGCUUGGGGAAUAGACUCUUCGUCGCCCACAUCGAGAAGGCGACCAAAGAUUCUUGGGAUCCAUUUAGAUUUUCUUGCCAACGCCAUGAACAGUAAAGUAUCACUGCGCUGUGAUUAUGCGACCUGGCGUGCUUAUAUGACUGGGUUCAUAAGCUUGAUUGUAAAUUGCGCGCCUCUGUGGAUCGAGGAACUUGAUGUGGGUGUGUUGAAGAGAGUGAGCAAGGGAUUAAGACAGUUCGACGAAGAAGAUUUGGCACUGCGCCUUUUAGAAAUCAAAGGCACAAGGGCCAUGGGUGAGGUGGUUGAAAUAAUAUGCCAAAGUAGGUUCUAACUGGUGCUCAGCGCUGCUGACCAAGACUUGAUUAUUUUUGCAGUUAGGGUAUGUUGAUAUAAUUCUUUCAGGAUUAUAGUAUUUGAUUUUCCACUUGCUGCUACUUUGUACAUAGCCAUGUAAAUCUCAUAUAUAGUGUCCCUUGAAUUUGUACUGUUUUAUAUUUGCAUCUCUCAAUUAAACACGAAGUCACGAAUUAUUAUUACAUUAUAUAUUGUUAGCAGAUUUUGUUGGUAGUCA